AUGCAGCAGUCUCUCACGCCGAGACCACGAGGAGCCCCAAGCGGACUGCAGAUAGUAGACCCGUCACUCGAGUUGUUCGCGAACGACAUCCUUGCUGGCGAAGCCACCAACAACACCCUCCAAAUCAAACCCGAUGCCUUCCAAGCACUCAAUGACCCAAACUACCCAAUAGAUAUCAAAUGUACUCCCGCAGGUCGUGGCUUCCAAAAGGUAAUCGUGAACGAAUACUACGAGACCGUUGACAGGAUUUUGAUCCGGGACGAUGCCAUGACCCCUGAGCAAGGGUUCCUAGGCCCCCCUGUUCCCGGGUACAGUUAUUCCUGGACAGCUGAUAAUUGCAAAAUCGGCUUCGGCGCGAGGACAUCAACGCGUACACAGCCCCUCCCAAUCACUGUAGCAGCGCAGGUGGCGGCUUUGGUGGCUAAGGAGUGUAUUACUGAGGCAAAGGGCUUUCUGGGAGGACUAGUAGUGUUGGAUAUUCCUGGAGAGCCGAUUGCGGGUGUAAUGGGGGCUCGGCCGGUGAUGGAUGCUUCUUCUGCCUAG